AUGGCGACUAGACCUCCUCUAAUGCCUCCCGCGAAUGAGACGGAGAGCUCCGUCAGCAGAAUCACUCGCGAGGGCAAGAAGAUUACAUACAAGCUUAGUGUGAUGCAGCAGCCGGAGCGUGCAAGAGCCUGUGGUGCUGGUGCCAAGUCCUCUGCCGACCGUCGACCGGUUGAUCCUCCACCUGUUGUUGAAUUGCGAAUCUUCGAGUCUGACCCCAACGAUGAUCUGCACAAGACCGACAUAACCUUCGCUUACAACGCCAACUUCUUCCUAUUCGCUACCUUGGAUACGGCUCGUCCCAUGGCGCAAGGACGACUCCCCGGCCCUCCAACAUGCCCGGUCCUGACAGGAGUCCCGGUAGCAGGCGUGGCGUAUCUCGACCGUCCACAGCAAGCAGGUUACUUCAUCUUUCCUGACCUGUCCGUUCGUCACGAGGGUAGAUAUCGGUUGAGCUUCCACUUGUACGAAGAGAUCAAGGACGUCAAGGAUGCGGACAAGGACACGCCAAUGCCUGACGUCAACUCGAGCAUCAAUUUGACCAAACCAUCAGCGCCCAAAUCGUAUCUGAACUUCCGCCUCGAAGUCAAGUCGGUCCCGUUCACCGUCUACAGUGCGAAGAAGUUCCCCGGACUGGCCACAAGCACAUCGCUCAGCCGCAUCAUUGCAGAGCAAGGCUGCCGAGUCCGUAUUCGACGGGAUGUGCGCAUGAGACGCCGCGGCGAGAAGCGCACCGACGAUUAUGACUUUGAUGAUGAGAGGGUCUUUGCUGCUCGGUCGGACAGAUACACAACCCCUGACGUGUACGGGGCGAAUUCGGCCGAGCGUGCUCGUUCCACCAGCAUCAGCACCAUCGCUGAUGCCGCCUUCCCCUAUGGCUCUGAUGCGCAGAGACGGCCGUCUGCGAGCGAUUACGGAUUCCAAGGCGCGCAGCCAUACCAACGAUCCAUUCCAGCAGCCCCCGCAGCUCCCGUUCCACCUACCGUUCAAAACUCCGCGACUUCGACACAGACAUCUUCAUAUCAGUCUCACCUUUCGUUCGGAGCGACACAAAGCCAGUAUCCGGCUCCCCAACUGCCGCCAACACCUCAGUCGGCCACUCCCGCGAACACAUAUUCCCCACAUCCUUCCUAUUCUCACUCAAGAAAUCCUUCCAGUGGCACCGAGUACGAUGCUACUCCCUCUGGCUACCCAUACCCCCAGCCUCGCCUACCGGCUGAGCGUCCAAGCUAUUCCAAAGCAGCCCUACCUCCUCUCAGGCUGGAGCCGCCAAAGGUACCGAACAUGCCGACAUGUACUGAUUCUCGCUCCUCCGACGCGAAUGCAUACCCCACUCUAACGCAACCUCCGGUACCUCGUGCUCCGACUCCCGCAAACCAUGUAACUUCGCUCCCGCCUUUGAAAGUUCUCUCGGGCGAAUAUUCCCAUCCGCCUCAGCCCAUGAAUAGCAACGCGCAGAGCCCGCAUCACGAGCUCGGUUCUGGGAAGCGCCUGUUUUGGGAAACGAAUCAUUCCCUAUCCAAGCGGUCGCAUGAGGAAACCUUCGGCAAUGAUGAGCGUCCUCUGCACAACGGGAUGCGGCCUGAUAUGGAUCAAUACCCUGGGAUGGCUCGGAAGCAGCCUGAUUAUGGCCGGCUCCCAUUCUACACCGAUUCGCGUGAUGAGAUGGCCUACAAACGAGCGAAUGGAAGGAUGGUCAUGAAGAUUUCACCUGCGCUACCAUAA